AUGUCAGACAUGGACCCACUGUCAAGUCCUGUCGCAUCGGGAAGGGAAGAGCUCGCUGAGCCGAUGGAUGCGCCCGCUGAGCGUGAGUGGCAGAAUGCGGAAAACGACGACUUUGAUCGCCGCGAUGCUCGCGAGAGUGACGGUGCACGCGACGACCGCCGUCGACAGAGAGAUGCGUACGACGACCGAUACCCUGGACCGCCUCCGUCCCGCAGUCGUGACCCGCCGCCUUCGCGCCCGUCUCCAGCCCCGUCCCAUAUCAUUGGUGUGUUUGGACUGAGCAUCCGCACGACCGAGCGUGAUCUAGAGGACGAGUUUGCUCGCGUCGGCGAUGUCGACAAGGUUGUGAUCGUAUACGAUGCACGUACUGGUCGCUCGCGUGGCUUUGGUUUCAUUACGAUGAGGGAUGUUGAGACGGCGUCGAGGGCCAUUGAGCAGAUGAAUGGCGUCGAGCUGCACGGCCGCAAAAUCCGCGUAGACUAUUCAAGUACGUCGCGCGCUCAUGACCCUACGCCCGGUGAGUACCGUGGCAAUCCGCGGCCUGUCGACGACCGCCACCAGCGAUACCGUGGCCGUGGACGCGAGGGACCCGAGCGACCGGCCUCUUGGCGCGAUCGUGACUCGUAUCGCGAUCGCGAUUCGUGGCGUGACCGCGGUUCGUGGCGCGAGCGCGACGCCUGGAGGGAGCGCGACUCUUGGAGGGAACGUGACUCGUGGCGCUCCUCUCGUCGAUACGACGAAGAGCCGCCGCGCCGUUGGUCGUCGCGCCGCGAUGAUCGUCGUGGCCCAGAGUCGGACGACUGGCGCCGCCGGUCGAGUCCACCGCGGUACCGCGACUACGACGACGAUGCCUCUGCGCGGCGCCAGCGCGACAGUGCCCAAGAUGAGCGUGCUCAUCGAUACGCAGAUGAGCCCCCGAGGCGCGACGAGUAG